AUGUCUUCCAACCUAUCAGAUUCUGAGGUGGUUGAAUAUCACCAUUAUUUUCCCCACGGAGUCCGCCGUAUUCUAGCUUCCGGAACUAGUGCUUUCAUUGGCGAAGUCGACGACUCAACCGUCUUAAAGUACACCCUCGAAAGGGGCGGUGACAUGUCCCGACUCAAGCACGAGCAUCAGCUUCUCAAAAUAGUCGGCCGCCAUACUCGGAUCAUUGCGCCAAAGGGGCUGACAGACCAUGGACUAUACCUUGAGCGUGCCGAAAACGGGACAAUCUUCAAUUUUUUUUUGGAGUCGGAGCACCCCACUCCCUCGCUUCAGCAGCGUAUAGCUUGGUGUCGAGAGAUUGUCGAGGCGGUUGAACACGUUCAUUCGAAGAGGGUUAUCCACUGUGAUAUUAAUCCUACGAACAUCUUAGUUGAUAAAAAUCUUCACAUCAAGUUAGCCGACUUUCAGGGUUGUUAUCUCGCCGAAGGAGGUGAAGUCGUCAUGCACGCUUGUGCUGGCGAGCCUUGCAGAUACUUUUGUCCCCGAGAAGAUGAUUUCGAGGCUAGUUGGCAAACAGACCUUUUCGCCCUUGGAUCAACAAUUCAUUUUAUUGUCACCGGGCAUGAGGUCUUCUCAGAUAUUAUCGCCGGAGAAGAACGGUGGGAUGAGAGAGUGCAGUCUCGAUUUGCGAGCGGUGUUUUUCCGGAUGAUUCGCACGCCUAUGCAAAAAUUACUCGAAAGUGCUGGAAGCGACAAUAUAGGUCAGCAAGUGAGGUCUUGGAAGACGUUAGAGCUAUCGAGCAGCUCUACAUAACGACAUCUAUCGAAACGGAUGCCAGGGCUUGCGGAGGGCUGAUAGCUGCUAAUCCGAACUGCAUUGUUCUCUACUGA